AGAGGAAGGUGGGGGGCAAGUCAGUAAUUCCACAUCCAUUCCCACCUUAUAUUCGAACUAGGGUUUCAAAACAGAAAACUCACUUCUCAAAAAGCCUUGGAAAAACCCUAGCUCGCGGAGGCGCCUCUGCAUAUUUGACUGCGUCGGUGACAAUGGUGAGAGUUAGUGUUCUCAAUGAUGCUCUUAAGAGCAUGUACAAUGCAGAGAAAAGGGGGAAGCGCCAGGUCAUGAUUAGACCAUCCUCCAAAGUUAUAAUCAAGUUCCUUUUGGUUAUGCAGAAGCAUGGAUAUAUCGGUGAGUUUGAGUAUGUUGAUGAUCAUAGGUCUGGGAAAAUCGUGGUUGAACUGAAUGGAAGGCUUAAUAAGUGUGGAGUUAUUAGUCCCCGAUUUGAUGUGGGUGUCAAGGAGAUUGAAGGAUGGACUGCAAGGUUGCUUCCAUCAAGACAGUUUGGAUACAUUGUACUGACCACUUCUGCUGGCAUUAUGGAUCAUGAGGAGGCUCGAAGAAAGAAUGUUGGUGGUAAAGUGCUUGGUUUCUUUUAUUAGGUCAAAGUUUACUAAAAGAGUGAGACUGAAUUUUUGGACUGAGGAGCUUUUUGUGUACUUUGAAACAUGCAUAGAUUAGUUCUAUGUUUGGUUUGAUUUAUGUGUUGCUUUUUCAAUGCUAAUAUUGUUUGUUAUUGGCAUUCUUUGAAGACGGUAAUGUUUAAGCAUUUUCUUUCAUCUAUAAGGAGUUGAUAUUUUAUU